AUGUCGCUCAAACGAAAAGCUCUCGAAGAUGCAAGUCACAGAUCCUCGAAACGCUCGACGCCCGGCCCGUCCACUCCCAUGAGCAUGACUAGCGACGAUGACUAUGCGGGAUCAGAUGUUCGGUCGCAGGAUGGCAGCGACAGUGAGAAAGAGCACAUUCGAAAGGCCAGAGCCAAGCUAGAUUUCAGCUCGUUCCAAGGGCCCAAACACAGACAGGCGUCCUCCGUGUUUGGUGACAAAGAUUUCUCGUGGCUGUCUCUGAAGCCUGAUCACGAGAACCGACCGUUGUGGAUAGAUCCCAAUGUAUCGAUGGGUUCAAAGAAAGGCCCUAAGAUCACGCUGGAGAGUUUCUCUCCGUUAGCCGCACAAGCAACAGAUCUGCUUACCACAAUCGCAGAGCCACAGUCGAGGCCUUCAUAUCUUCACGAAUACAGAUUCACCGAACAUAGUUUAUAUGCCGCCUUAUCGGUAGGUCUACGAGGUGAAGACAUAAUCCGUGCUCUCGAAAAGCUAUCGAAAACUCCCGUUCCUCAAACCGUGAUCGAUUUCAUCAAUAGACAUACCAAAACAUAUGGCAAGGUGCGGCUGGUAUUGCGCAACAACAAGUUCUACGUCGAGUCGGACGAGCGCGAGAUAAUAGACAUGCUGCUCAGGGAUCCAGUGAUCGGACCGUGCAAGACCGCCGGCACUGAAGUUCAAGUUGGAAGAGUCCAAACAAAGGCCACCGUGAUUCAGGGCACCAGCAACGCAAAGGGCAUGAAACAAGCAGACCCUGGAAAUGCUGAAAUGUCUCGAGAUGAUCCCGGCAAGGAAAAUGAGGCCAUGAUUGCCGCACUUCGGGAUGAGGAGGAUGAGGACACCUACAAGGAGGCGCCCAACUUUGAGAUUGCGCCGAACAAGCGCGACACGGUUGCAAAACAGUGUCUCGACAUCGGAUACCCUGCUAUUUCAGAAUAUGACUUCGCCGAUGAUCACGAAAAUCCCACUCUCCCUAUAGACCUGCGACCUCAGACGCAAAUCCGGCCAUACCAGGAAAAAGCACUUAGUAAGAUGUUUGGCAAUGGCCGUGGCAAGAGUGGUAUCAUAGUCUUGCCCUGUGGCGCAGGCAAGACCUUGGUCGGGAUCACAGCUGGGUGUCACAUCAAAAAGAGCAUUGUGGUCCUAUGUACCAGUGCCAUGUCUAGUUAUCAAUGGGCAAACGAGUUUAAGAAGUGGUCCGACAUCAAGGAGGAAGACAUUGCCGUUUUCUCAGCACAGGAGAAGAGACGGUUUACGGGAAAUGCAGGCGUGCUGGUCACGACGUACUCCAUGAUCACCGCCGGAGGCAAACGUGCCUACGAUACGCAACAAAUGAUGGACUGGGUCUAUGGCAAAGAAUGGGGGUUGAUGAUCCUUGAUGAAGUGCAUGUGGUACCGGCCAAGAUGUUCCGCAAGGUCGGCGAGAAUAUCCGUGCUCAUUGUAAGCUGGGUCUCACUGCGACACUGCUUAGAGAGGACGACAAGAUCACCGAUCUCAACUUCAUCAUCGGACCAAAGCUGUACGAGGCGAAUUGGAUGGAGCUUGCCGAUCAAGGCCACAUUGCCAAAGUCCAAUGCGCCGAGGUCUGGUGUCCUAUGUCGAUGGAGUUCUACCAGGAAUAUCAGAAAGAGACCACCCGGAAACAGGCCUUGUACUACAUCAUGAAUCCUGUCAAGUACCAGGUCUGCCAGUAUCUCAUCGACUAUCACGAAAAGCGAGGCGACAAAAUCAUUGUUUUCAGCGACAACUUGUUCGCCCUGCAACAUUACGCCGUCACGAUGAAGAAACCCUUCAUCUACGGCGACACCAGCAAUCAGGAACGAAUCAAUAUUCUCGAAAACUUCCAGCACAAUGAGAUGAUCAACACCAUCUUCCUGUCCAAGAUUGGCGAUACAUCUCUCGACCUGCCGGAAGCCACAUGCCUGAUCCAGAUCUCGUCCCACUACGGAUCCCGACGUCAAGAAGCGCAGCGCCUCGGACGAAUUCUGCGAGCAAAGCGCCGUAACGACGAGGGAUUCAAUGCGUUCUUCUACUCGCUGGUUUCUAAGGACACCACGGAAAUGGCGUACAGCGCCAAAAGACAAGCCUUCCUAGUGGACCAGGGGUAUGCCUUCAAGACCAUCACCCAUCUGGCUGGGAUGUCAGAAAUGCCCGGCCUGGCCUACACCACUGCCCGCGAGCGCAACGAACUGCUCGCGCACGUCAUGCUGCAGCAAGAAACGGCCGCUGAUGUCGAGAAGAUCGACGAUAACAUGUGGAGUCAUCUCAGCGCCAGCAACAGUGCCGCGGCCAAGGCGAAAGCGAAGAAACUGCAGGUGCGUAGACAAGCUGUGCUGAUGGCCGACGCGAGCGGCGGCGGUACCAUGGCUCCCAUGUAUAGGGAACAGGAACGGAAGAGCAAGAAGAGCCAGAUGCCGGAGAGCGAAUGGUUCAAAAAGGAGGCGAGGCGCCGCGAACUGGCCGCGAAGAAGCGCAAGAAGGAGAGAAUGGAGGCCGAGAGGGCCGCUGGCGCUGGGGCCUAG